AUGAUUCCCAUUACUUUGCCAGUCAAGGCGACAGCUGUCGUUGCGACUGUCGGCGCUCUCACCUACGCCACCAUGCGGGCACUGCAGGCAGUAUACUCUGCACCGCCGAACAUGCCAGAGCCGGCGAUUCCGCCCAACCCCGAGGACGGCCCCCUGUGGAGCGUGGUUAAGCGUAUCCUCUACCGCCACUUUUACGUCGUCCGCAAGGGCGAUCCGUUGAAGACGCUGCAACGAUGGUGCACAGAGUUCGAAUACAAGCCAUUCGUUAUGAAGAUCUUCUUCCGCCCACACGUGGUACUCUCCUGUCCGGGUGACAUUGAGCACGUGUUGCUGCGCGCAGACACGAAGUUCUACAAGGACACCGGCUAUGACAUCGUGCGCAUCGUCGUUGGUCGUGUUGGCCUUGUCGCUGUAGGCAACAAAGAGAAGCACGCCAUGCAUCGCCGCAUCCUGAUGCCUAUUUUCAGGUCGCAGAACAUACGCGGUCUUGCGAAUGAGAUUAUUCGCGUGCACGCCCUGCACAUGCUGGGUGGGCUUUUCGACGUCAUCCAGUGCGGCAGUAGGCAGGACGCCGUGGUGAACCUCAGCGACCACAUCUUUCGCAUGGCGCUCUCCGCCAUAGGCGAGGCGGCCUUCCGCGCCUCCCGUAGCGAGUCGCUUCGGGUGCGCACUCACUUCAAUGCGAUGAUGAAGAUGUCCCGCAUGAACUACUUCUGUCCGUAUCUCAAGUCGGCCGCCCAGCGUAACGCACGAAAGAUCCUCAGAGAGAUGAGCGUAGGCCUACUGGAUAAAAACAUGCAAAUGAACCAGAUUGGAGCGCGUCGGUGCGUGAUGGACGCCCUUAUUGAUGAGCUGUACGUGCAUUUUAGUAUGGAGGACGUCUUGGAUCACGUCGUCAAUUUCUUGUUUGCCGGCCACGACACAGCGAGUCAUACAAUGGAAUUCCUGUUUGCACUGCUGGGUGCAAACAAGGAGGUGCAAGACCGUCUCUACGAGGCCCUCGAGGACUUGAUGCCCUCCAUCUGCACUUGCCCCACCGUGGAGGAGCUUAUGGAGUGCGACUACCUUGUCGCCGUUGUGAAAGAGGUUCUGCGGAUGUACCCAGCGGCGCCGAUUAUCUACCGUGACGCCGCUGAGGAUGUGUACCUUCCCGAAUCUCGUGUGGUGAUCCCAAAGGGGAUGACGGUGGUCAUCACGCUCUUCUCUCUGCAGCGCAACACACAUGUGUACGGCGACGACGUCGACGUGUUUCGUCCUGAGCGGUGGCUUUACGAAGAAGGGGAGGCACUGCGCAAGCGCUGCGGCCGUUGCGGCUACAUUCCCUUCAGCUGCGGCAAGCGCAGCUGCAUUGGCCAGGAGUUCGGCUACUUAGAGUUGCUUAUCGUGACGGCACUGCUGGUCCGCCACUUGAAGAUGGAGCUGGUCGGAAAGUUCCCAGAGGCUCGGUACAACAUUACCUUGGUCAUGAGCCACCCAGUCUCCAUGCGCAUCACCGCGCGCGAUGGCAUUUCCGUAAGUCAGAUUUACGAACGCAUCGCCAACGUGCUUGAUCUCAACGACGAGGAUGCUGAGUCUGCCGGCAACGCGGCACAGGAGGCGGGGGGCAUGAUGGGCUGCAAAGAAACAACCGUGCGUGGGUAA